UAAAGCAGGUGAGGUUUUGAUACAAUAAGGUAUACGUAAUAUCUAAAUCGGAGCAGGCAGUGGUGUUUUGGAUCCUUGAAAUGGUGUACUAGAAAUACUGGAUACAAUCAUGAAGUUACAAGUAGUGACAGCGUUGAUUCUGAUAACAGUCUUGGAGGUGAAACCAAUACAGCUGCAACAAGGAGAGACAAUUGAAGGGAAUAAUGUGGAGGGCACAAAUUUAAACGCGUGUUUGAGUGAGGAAAGGGGAGCAGCGCUGGGAGUAUGCUUUGGCAAGGAGUUAUUACAUAAGUUAAAUAAUUACGAUGAAGCAGACUCGUUUAGUUUGGCGAGCGGUGUUUCGUUUGUGAGAGAUGAGAAAACUCCCAGAGAUAUUAGCGCUUUCCUUGAUAAGGAUCCUAUGGAUUUUCGGUCUAUAAUGGAAGAUGCAAGUAAUUUGAUAUCCAAGCGAUCUCUUCACUGGGACAUGGGAAUGGUCUAUCCAGGGUUGGUGAUGCGAAUUGGGCCAACGUUGGCCAACGGUGUUCUGGAUUUUGUUAUUGAUCCAAGAAUAAAGGAUCGCACUUAUAACGCCCAGGGUGAAUUGUCUACAGGUCGCUUACUAGCUCGAAAUCUUCUCGUGCCAUUUCUUCUUGGAAUCAAAUUCAAUAUAUCCACGUUACUACCACUUCUGUUGGGGCUGCUUCUUGUAGCUAGUAAGAAAGCCUUCUUGCUAGCCAAAGUGGCUUUGCUAGCGGUAACGCUAUUUAGUGGUGCGGGCUAUGGAGGGAACUACUUCGGUGGUUUGAAUAAUUUUGGUGGGCCAACUAUAUCGUCGUAUACGCAUGAAAAUGUGGGGCACUACCAGCCCGGUCAUAGCUCGGGAGGCUACUUCCACAGACAUCCUCACCAUGCAGAUUACUUCUAUAAAGAGAAGCUUGAUGAUCACACAACGGGAUCUCCCAUCACCCCUGAUGAACUUAGAGAUAGACUAGAAAGACUCUUUGUCACAAAGAAAGAUGAUGAUGAACUAAAGAUUCGGAAUGGAAGAAAAUUCUCCUGGACACCCAUAAAUGGAUGAUGUUAUUGAUACUGAUUUAAAUAUUACUAGUCAAUUUGUCAUUUAGUUUCGGCCAGUACAUACUCGAUUUCAUUGAAAAUCUUUUAAUAUUCUUAAGACAGAGGAAUGUCUACCAUCUGACCUGAAGCAUUCACUGCAUAACAUUCGUUAUAUUUGUCACGCCUCUUAGUACAUUUCGUAAUUGUAAUCAAAAGGAGGUAUCUCUUACUAAAAACUGUGUUCAAAAUUUCAUAAUUUCUUUAUGAUGGUAAAGAAUCAGUCCUUUGUCAUUAUUUAAAAAAAAGUGUAGUCAUUUAUCGGCACAAUCGUGAAAAUUUAAUAAUAAAAUCUUAUUUUUAUUGAUAUUAAAUUAACGUAAUCCUAAUGUUUAUGUAAGUUAAGUGUCUUGAGAAGUAAUUUUUUUCUAGUAAGAGAUUGUAAUUGUCUGUUAAAUUUUUUAUAUACCACAAUAAAUAAUAUAAAUAAUCUUUGUCGUAUAUACAUUGAAACGUCCUAUAACAGGCGCAAUUUCACGCUCUGAAUGCAAGGGAAUUGAAUUCAAUCCUAUACGCUGUACAAUAAAUGUGGAGUAUGUUUUUAAGAAGUUAUCGAUA